AUGUCCAUCAAUAAAAUCCACUCCAGAUACGUUUACGACUCUAGAGGUAACCCAACUGUUGAAGUUGACUUGUUCACCGAAAAGGGUUCAUUUAGAGCAAUUGUUCCAUCUGGUGCUUCUACUGGUGUUCACGAAGCAGUUGAAUUGAGAGACGGUGACAAAUCUAAAUGGUUAGGCAAAGGUGUUUUGAAAGCUGUUGCCAACGUCAAUGAUGUCAUUACACCAGCUUUAAUUAAAGCAAACAUCAAGGUCACUGACCAAGCCAAGAUCGACCAGUUCUUGAUUGAUUUGGAUGGUACUCCAAACAAGUCAAAAUUGGGUGCCAAUGCCAUUUUGGGUGUCUCCUUGGCUGCAUCGAGAGCAGGAGCCGCGGAAAAGAAUGUCCCAUUGUAUAAACACAUUGCUGAUCUUUCCAAAACCAAGCAAGAUAAGUUUGUGUUGCCCGUACCAUUUCAAAAUGUUUUGAAUGGAGGUGCUCAUGCCGGUGGUGAUUUGGCAUUGCAAGAGUUCAUGAUUGCUCCAACUGGUGCCAAGACUUACAGUGAAGGAUUGAGAAUAAACACCGAGGUUUAUCACCACUUGAAAACAUUGGCACAGAAAAAGUAUGGUAAAUCCGCUGGUAAUGUUGGUGAUGAAGGUGGUGUUGCCCCUGAUGUGCGUACUGCCAAAGAGGCAUUAGAUUUAAUUGUGGCUGCUAUUGAAAUUGCUGGUCAUAAAGACAAGGUGCACAUUGCCGUUGAUGCUGCUUCGUCAGAAUUUUUCAGACAUGGCAAGUAUGAUUUGGAUUUCAAGAAUCCAAACACAGACGAAACCAAGUGGUUGACAGUUCCUCAAUUGUCCGAAUUCUAUCUCGACUUGUUGAAGAAUUACCCCAUAGUGUUGCUUGAAGAUCCAUUUGCUGAAGAUGAUUGGGAAGCAUGGAGUCAUUUCUUUCCCAAGGUUGGUGGCAAAGUAGAAAUAGUAGCUGAUGAUUUAACCGUAACCAAUCCAAUUAGAAUCAAACGAGCAAUUGAAAACAAAGCUGCAGAUGGAUUAUUAUUAAAAGUGAAUCAAAUAGGUACAUUAACCGAAGCUAUUGAAGCUGCCAAAGAUGCAUUUGCUGCUGGUUGGGGUGUAUUUGUGUCGCACAGAUCAGGUGAGACUGAAGACACGUUUAUUGCUGAUUUGGUCGUUGGUCUUAGAACCGGCCAUAUCAAGUCUGGUGCACCAGCCAGAUCUGAGAGAUUGGCCAAGUACAAUCAACUUUUGAGAAUCGAAGAGGAAUUAGGAGAUAAGGCAAUUUAUGCUGGUGAGCACUUUCGUACUGCUCAUAAUUUGUAA